CCCUCUCUCUCAGAAAUUCUGAACCUAAAAAACCCUAAGGGAUUUUCAGAGCAAACAAAAAAAAUGGACUGAAGCUUGAAGCUUUUUAAAAUUUUUAGUUCUGCAAAAAUGGGAGAGGUAUCCAAAUCGGGAUUGAAAGAGGAGGAGAUUGAGCUGGAUUUGGGGCUGUCGAUCGGCGGCAGCUUUGGAAGGCCGGAGAACUCGAAGCUGGCCAACGGGUUCGAUGUAGCUCCGAGAGAGAACGAGCACCAAACGCUGCCGUCCCAACCGCACGCGCCUUCUCCGUCGCCGAUAGAACAGUCGGAGCCGGAGAGCGCUCGUCUGGAUCCGCAGACGAAGCGGGAGAUGCAGGCGUUGAGAAGGCAGGAAGCGAAGAGGAAGCGGGAGGAGAAGAAAAUCCGGGGACUGAACGGUUCCCAAGCGGAAGAGCAGCCUGGGGUGAAGAAAGAGAGAACGGAGACGAAUGUGAAUGUGAUCAAUCUGAAUUUGAGCAACGGACAAAGGGAGCUGCGCUACCCGGUUCAGUACCCGUACCCGCCGGUCCAUUUUGUUCCGUACACGAAUCCUUGCGUGAUGCCGUGCUGGGGCCCAAGCGGCGGCGGGGGUUUUCGGCAUUUUCAGGCGCAUAAGCCGAUGUUGAAUAACGGGUGUGAGAAGGAGCAGAAUGGUGGAUCGGGUAAAACGGCAUCGGUAAAUGGUGGGUCGGGUAAAACGGCGUCGGUAAAUGGUGGGUUGGGUAAGAAACCGGCGUGGACAAAUGUUUCACCAGUGUGUAGUUCCUCCACCGUGUCAGAUAAUCAAAGCGCAGCUUCUCAUGAAGGUGGUGGAAGCAGUGAGAGCAGAAGCCAUUCAGGCCAGAGCAUACAAGAAAACAUAGAGCCGGUUUCAAAUUCCUUGGAAUCCAAUCCCAAAGGGAAUGAACAAAAACUGAAUCCAAAAACAGAACCCAAAUCAGAAAACGCGGAACCGGCUCAAAUCCUAAAACCCAAGUCACCGAAACAAGAUUCUUCUCCUCCAUUUCCUCCACUGAAGGAAAUUGCCAAACCGGACCCAAUUUCCAAGCCUCCGAAACCCCCGAUGAGCAAAAAUGGCAGCAAUGCGGUUUCCCUUCCCCAAAUGCCUUACGUCUCGACGACCGGGACCGGCCCGAACGGGAAAACGGUUCAUGGGUUGUUGUACAGAUACACGAAAUCUGAGAUCACCAUCGUGUGUGUCUGCCAUGGAACCGCAUUCUCGCCGGCUGAAUUCGUGCAGCAUGCCGGAGGCACCGAUGUUUCCCAGCCGCUGAGGCACAUCACUGUGAUCCCAUCUGCUUUUGGAUGAUGAGCCGAGCUGAAAGAUGAUCGAGUUAAGUACUUGACCCUUUUCAUUUCUUCUCAUUUGCUAGCUAGUUUUCUCUUUUAUUUUAAUCGUGGCUGAUGAGAAUUGCUGGUAUUAAUGGGACUGGCAGGCUUACAUUUUUUGCAUUCGUCGUGUGUAAAGCUGCUAAUCUAACUGUGAUUAACGUACAGUUAACCUUUUUAGAU